AUGUCUCGCGGUCCUCCCCAAGGAAGCAGAAAGAUCUCUUUCAACGUCUCGGAGCAAUAUGACAUCCAGGACGUUGUCGGAGAGGGUGCGUACGGUGUUGUCUGCUCGGCGCUGCACAAGCCUUCCGGCCAGAAGGUCGCGAUCAAGAAGAUCACUCCGUUCGACCACUCCAUGUUCUGCUUGAGAACGCUCAGAGAGAUGAAGCUUUUGCGCUACUUCAACCACGAGAACAUCAUUUCAAUUCUCGACAUCCAAAAGCCCAGGAAUUACGAGACAUUUACCGAGGUGUACCUUAUCCAGGAGCUGAUGGAGACCGACAUGCACCGCGUUAUCAGAACCCAGGAGCUUUCCGAUGACCACUGCCAAUACUUCAUUUACCAGACUUUGCGCGCUCUCAAGGCGAUGCACUCGGCAAACGUCCUUCACCGUGACCUUAAGCCAUCCAACCUCCUUCUCAACGCCAACUGCGAUCUUAAGGUCUGCGACUUUGGUCUUGCAAGAUCUGCGGCUUCCACCGAGGAUAACUCUGGUUUCAUGACCGAAUACGUCGCUACCCGUUGGUACCGUGCGCCGGAAAUCAUGCUUACGUUCAAGGAAUACACAAAGGCGAUUGAUGUGUGGAGUGUUGGCUGUAUCCUGGCUGAGAUGCUGAGCGGAAAGCCACUUUUCCCUGGCAAGGAUUAUCACCACCAGCUUACCCUUAUUCUGGACGUCCUUGGAACGCCGACCAUGGAGGACUACUACGGCAUCAAGUCUCGUCGCGCUCGCGAAUACAUCCGUUCCCUGCCCUUCAAGAAGAAGAUUCCUUGGAAGGCCAUGUUCCCCAAGACCAACGACCUGGCCCUUGACCUGCUCGAGCGUCUUCUCGCAUUCAACCCUGUCAAGCGUAUCACCGUCGAAGAGGCCUUGAAGCACCCGUACCUCGAGCCGUACCACGACCCCGAGGACGAGCCGACUGCGGAUCCUAUUCCCGAGGAGUUCUUUGACUUUGACAAGAACAAGGACAACCUCACCAAGGAGCAGCUGAAGAUGCUCAUCUACCAGGAGAUUAUGCGGUAA